AUGGAUAUUCUUGAUGGCUCACCAGUGUGUGUGGCUUCGACGCUCCCGGAGACAGGAGAAUCGUCCGAGCCCUCUCGUGAUGGUUACUUCAAAUCUGUUCAGUGGAGUCCUGAUGGAACUACUCUUUUAGCAAACUCUGCUGACCAUCAUAUCCGAUCUUAUAUCUUGCCACCAGAUCUCUUGGAGAAGACCUCUACACACCAUCUAUCUCCAUACUCUACACUUCCUUCAGCAGAACCUACCUAUGCCACAGCUUUCUACCCAUUUUACAGCCUCCAGGAUCCCUCAACCACGCUAUUCCUGUCAUCUGUUCGUGAUCAUCCUAUUCGACUAGCUUCGACACUUGCUCCAUCAUCCGUGGCUAGCUAUUCCCUGGUCAAUCCAACAACUGAGGCCUACAUCACUCCGCACUCUAUGAUCUACCCAUCCACACUGGGAGGAACACAUUUCCUAACAGGCUCUGACAGUAUGAUUUGUCUUUUCGACGUAUCUCGUCCAGGAACCAGCGGCCCUGUCUCGUGGAUGCCGACUAUUCCCAGCAAGCGCAAACAGAUUGUCGGUGGCGGAGUCGGCAUGAAAGGCAUUGUGUCGGCAUUGGCGAUCAACCCAAGUGGCGAUGGAAUUCUAGCCGCGGGAACAUUCACUAGGCAUGUGGGACUGUAUAGUUCCAAUGGUUCUGGAGAACUUCUUGGUACCUUUAACGUUGCAAAGACCGAUGCAAAUCGCGCUAUUGGCGGUAGGGGUAUCACCCAAUUAUCGUGGAGCCCUUGUGGUCGGUAUUUGUACAUUGCGGAGCGCAAGAGCGAUGGAGUCUUGGUGUACGAUAUUCGAGUCACGGGCCAGAUGCUGGGUUAUCUUGGUGGACGCAAGGCCAUAACGAAUCAGCGAAUGGAUAUUGAUAUCGUUUCUGCUGGGGCUGAUGGUGCUCAUGAAGUCUGGGCAGGAGGCACAGACGGAAUGAUGCGUGUUUGGAGGAAUCCCAUCUAUUCCGCAGGUGGACAAGACCCGGAUUGGGAGUUUAAGGUGCACGACGAUGCCGUUUCAAGCACCGUAUUCCACGCCAUGGGUAACGUGGUUGCCACCUGCUCUGGUCAGAGGCACCGAGCCUCGGAUGAUUCGUCGGAGGAAGGCGAGUUAGACUCGGGUAUCAGUCAGGCUGAUAACAGCUUGAAGGUGUGGUCGAUGCCUUUCCUGGGGUCCAACGGACAAGAUACAAAUGCAAAUGAAGAUUCGAAACAAGAUGAUUGA